GACAUGCUACCGCUCUUUGUCAGUGGGUAUACAGUCUAUGGUUGUAGUUAAGCAGCUGGGUAUGGCCGACGAGGGGGGAGGAGGCAACAACGAUAACAACAACAUGGGAAAUCACUUACAGUUAUUGCCUGAAAGUGAAGAGGACGACGAGGAUGACAUGGAAACGGAAGAUCGGGAUAGCGAGGACGCAGAAAAGCCAAAUAUCAUCAACUUCGACCCAAGUCUUCCAACCUCCCAUGCUUACUUGGGUGCGGACAUGGAAGAGUUUCAUGGUCGCACGGUACAUGACGACGAUAGCUGCCAGACAAUCCCAGUACUGCCGCAUAUGGCCGUGAUGCUUGUUCCUGGACAAACCUUGCCCCUGCAGCUCUUCAGGCCACACGAAGUCAGCAUGAUGCGCGGCCUCAUCCAGAGGGAUCGCACGUUCGCUGUGCUUGCAAGUGUUAGUGAUGCGGGGGAGCAGCAGGCAGAGUUCGGCACCACGGCAGAGAUCUACGCCUACCGCGAGGAGCAAGAGUACGGCAUCGAGACGGUGAAAGUGAAGGCCGUGGGCCGGCAGAGGUUCAAGGUGCACGAAAUAAGGACUCAGGCGGAUGGGAUCCGACAGGCUAAGGUUCAGAUCCUGCCGGAGAGGAUUCUCCCGGACCCCCUUUCUGCGGUGCAGCUCACCCCCCUGUCCAGGCUCCACACGCACCCCUCCUCCAGACCCCCCUCGGAGCACUGCCGGCAGGUCCAGCGUUGGCGGGACACCUACCAGAAGCGGAAGUUCCAUUGUGCGAAUGUGACAUCAUGGCCUGCCUGGGUGUACUCACUGUAUGACUCGGAAAUUCUGAUGAACAGAGUGAAGAGACAGUUGCACGAGUGGGAUGAGAACCUGAAGGAUGAUUCCCUCCCCACAAACGCUAUAGAUUUCUCCUACAGAGUGGCGGCCUGCCUGCCCAUUGACGAUGCCCUGCGCUUCCAGCUCCUGAAGAUCGGCAGCGCCAUCCAGAGGCUGCGCUGCGAGCUGGACAUCAUGGAUCGGUGCACCUCCCUGUGUUGCAAGCAGUGCCAAGACACAGAGAUAACCACCAAAAAGGAGAUCUUCAGUUUGUCUUUAUAUGGGCCAAUGGCUGCCUAUGUGAACCCUCAUGGAUACGUGCAUGAAACACUGACCGUGUACAGGGCCAGCAGUCUCAACCUGGUUGGACGACCAUCCACACUUCACAGCUGGUUCCCCGGGUACGCCUGGACCAUCGCCCAGUGCCGGACCUGCAGCUCUCACCUGGGCUGGAAGUUCACCGCCACUAAGAAGGACCUGUCCCCCCAGCGCUUCUGGGGUCUGACCCGCUCAGCCCUGCUGCCCCGCAUCCCCAAAUCUGAGGGCGAGGAGGGAGAAGAGGGCUCCCGGCUGCUCUGCCUGUGAACCGGGGAACCCCUGCCGCUUCCCCGGUGACCCAAAACAAAGGGGUGUGCCCACCCAUCCCCAGAUCCAAAAUGGUGGGGGGGGGGGGGACACCACUAGUCCACAAAAUAGGUGUAUCUGUUUUAGAGUCAUGAACACUGUGCUGUUUUUCCCUAGUCUGUUACGGCAUAUUGCACUUUCGGCCACUGAGGCUGAAGCUGAUCUGCAGGGUUGGGUCCACUGAAAGCAAUAGGUGUCCUGAUAUGUGCCUGUGAGCACUGCCGUGCUCCUUAAGGCUUGAUGUGGGAGCAAGAAAACUGAAAUAUUGUCUGUCACAGUCACCGUCCACCCAUAGCAUGGUAACCCUCUCAGCCCUCGGCUGAAUAUACAGUGUUCAGCUGGUCAUGUAUCCACUAGGGAACCGCACCGGAGGCUGGGGUUGCUUGACCCCCAUUCACAGCCCUUUCUUUCCCCUGUCCCAGUAAGUGUGCUGGUGUCUUGUCGACCUCUGUGACUGCAUGCACGUUCAGGUCGGGCAUGAAAAUUGGCUAGACACAUGCUUUUUGUGGGAGAUUUUUCAACGUUUAACAGUAUGUGAUUUUACCUUGUUUUCGCUGUUGUCAUAUAUUUCUGAGCCAUAUUGGAUCAUGUGAAACACAGAAAAUAUAUAUCUGCAAAUACGUAUUUAGUUAACUGUGGGAGUUUACUGUAUUGCAAUACAUUGUGCCUCUGAAUAAAUGUCAGAAACAGUAUAUAUACGAAGUGCAAAAUGUGAGGUAUGGAUUUUAAUAAGUUUCCAAAUAUACUGUGUACAUUAGAAACUGUUGAUUAUGGCCACUUUCAUAUAUAUAUAUAUAUAUAUAUAUAUAUAUAUAUAUAGAAAUUGUAACAAAUUAUACUAUAUGCUCUAAAAACAUUCAUACAGCUUCAUACAUUAUAUUGUGGCAAUAACGUACAUUUAAAUAUUCUGUAUGUUCUAAAAAUAUAGUUUGAACUAUGUUCCUAAUAUUUUGGCUGUUAUAUUUUGGUGUUUAUGGUGGGAGAAUGAGGUUUCAAAUAUUAGCAGAGCAACAUAAGUGGUCACUGAAUUGACUGCCUUGCCCAUGAGAGGACAAAGCUUUCCACUGGUUCAGAGAUGCUAAUGAUUGUCAGCUCAGUGUUGUUCUGACUGUUCAUUAAGCCUUACUGUCCUAUCCCUGCUGUUCUUUACGUUUAUCAGAAUGGGUACCUCGGUAUACUGGCAUAUCUUCAGGGCUUUGGGCUUCAUAAAUGGUCUCCUACAGCUGGACUUUAGGCAUUGGGUCAGAUCUGAUGUUCAAACUGACCCAUGUGAAUUUACUAGCUUUGCAGAGAUAUUGUUGGUGAAAGAAUUUAAGGAGUGAAUGUAUAUUUUCUCCCUAUUUUUUUUAUUUUUUUAUCUCUCUUUAUUGUUUUUGCGCAGAUAAAAGUGAAUGUUUUUUAAAUGAUGUAGCUCUUGUAAAUAAUGGACCCUUGACUGCACACAUAAUCAGAUGUUGCCAUGAGUUAUUUAUAGAGAAAUUGUCCUUUCUUCCAUGUGUCGGUUCUCAGAAGAAAUUCGGAGCUAAAUAAGUGAGCUUGUGGCAGUUACACUUCAUCGUAAUUGCUGUUUGCCUCAUGUCAGAGUCAAUGGGAAAUGUUCUUUUUCUGUUCUUUUCAUGUACCUGAAAAUGACUAUAACACAAAUGGGGUGCAGCAUAGAGCAAAAAGGAAGAGGAGAACAUGGAGGGCAAAAUAGGCUGAUUUGCACUGAAAAUUUGAGCUGCAUUUGCUGAAUCAUUGAAGAGCUUUUCUUUAAAUCCCAAAUAAAAUCUGACGUCAUUCGCCCUAAAAUGGCAGGGCCAAGUCAGGCACCCUUGGCUGAUGCCCAUUUGUGUUUAAGAGGUGAACAGCUGAAAUGUGCCCUCUGACAGGAAGCGUAAGGAGCUUUUUGGGCAGGGGGAAAUUGAUGCCAUUGGAAUGACAACUCCACAUUGUGAAGUCUUGCAUCUCAUGCUGCUUUUCCCAGUAAAGUCUACUGCAAAUCA